AUCAACUGCUGUUUAAUCUGCUCGCUUUUGAAUGUUAUUGAAUUGAAAUCAAAUCAUAACUUUCAUUCUCAACAAGAUGAACUCAAACAAUCAAUCAACCGAUACUCCUAACUCACUACGUGACCCUCGAUUAUCAUCUUUGCAAGUCACUCCGUCUCCAAUCCCAACUCCAUUGGCCACUCCUUCUUUGGUCACUAGCUCUCUCACAGAUUCUAGUUUCUUUUCGCUUCGUGAUCCUGCCUUGGAAUCAAUGUUAUCUAGCGAGAAUGGUCCUGCCUCUCUUCAAAUAUCCAAUCCUACUCAACCCGAUCUAGAAACCUCGACUUCAUUGGCAUCUGAUUCAGUGCCUCCGCCAGGCCAACUAGGUCCCGAUUUGCUUUCUUCUCAGAUUGUCGCUAAUCUUUUGGAACUUCAAUCAUUUCAAGCCAACCUCAACUCCUCUACGCCACCUACAAUAGCUUCAUCUACUAUUCAGCCUGAAGGUCAGUCGAGCUCGAGUGUUGACAUUCCAAGCAGUGUGAAUCCAGAGGUUCAAGCACUCGAAGUGACAACCACCACUGAGAUACCCACUUCACAAGAGCCAUCCAUCAUACCUGCUCCGAUUUCAAAUCAAAGUGAUGUCCCGGUAUCGGUCUCACUCAUUGACUCUGUCGAAGGGACCGGUUCUCUACCUGAAGGCAAAGCUGUAGAGCAGCCAGCCGUGACUGAUAACCAAAACGAACCUCAAUCACUCGAUGUCCCAUCUGUUGAUCCACUCAUGAAUGGUGACCAGGAGAUUGCUCGAUCAAGGGAGAUGUCUUUAUCGAUCGAGUCUACAGGCCAGCCAGAUGUUGCGAUUGAGGACCUGCCAGAUCCGGCGACGGAAACCACCGAGCCGUCAGGUCAUGUGAUUGAUCACGAUCACGAUAUGGGUACGAGUGCUAUCGACACGUCCGCUCCUUCUGCGCCAACCAAUGAACCGAGCAAUCCAGAUCCAUCUAGUCCGGUCACCAUCAUGAAAUUUCCUUUACCGGCCAAACCAGCUUCUGAUAAUCACACACCGCUGUUCGCCCCAUCCCCACCACAGGCAUCCCAAGACGAAUCACCGACUCCUCCAUCCCCCCAACCUUUACUUUCACGUCUAGCGACUCUGAAACAGAGAGUAGAAAAGAACCGUAUGGAUGGAGAAGCUUGGUUAGAACUGAUCGCUGAUGCAGAGAAAAAGGGUGAUUUAGAGAAGACCCGAGAAGUGUACAAAUCCUUUUUGAGCAAUUUUCCAGAUGCUGCCCCUCAAUGGAUAGCAUAUGCCGAUUUAGAGCUUGGUCAUGGCCAUUUUCCCGAAGUGGAGCAGAUCUUUUCACACUGUUUGCGCUCCUCCGUUUCCGUCGAGCUUUGGGCUUUCUACCUGAAUUACAUCAGAAGGGUGAACCCAGUCGAGGGUGACAAAGCUGCGGCUUCUCGUACCAUCAUCAUUUCCGCCUACGAGUUUAGCUUGAAUCAUAUUGGUAUUGAUCGAGAGUCUGGAUCUAUCUGGAUAGAUUAUAUCAGCAUACUCAAAGCAGGGGAGGCUUCGGGUACCUGGCAAGAACAACAAAAGAUGGACUCGCUACGAAAGGUCUAUCAAAGAGCUGUUUGCAUCCCGCUGAACAACAUUGAACAGCUCUGGAAAGAUUAUGAUGCUUUCGAGCAUCAGAUGAGCAAGAUGACUGCCAAGAAAUUUUUAGCUGACAAAUCGGCGCAAUACAUGGCAGCGCGUGCGGCACUUCGUGAUAUGAAGGCACUCACUGACAAUCUUUUACGGCCAAAAGUGCCGGUAAAGCCUAACUGGAAGCGUAUAGAAGAUCAUCGAAAUCUAGAACAAUGGAAGACUUACCUACAAUGGGAGGAGAAAAAUCCACUCGAGUUAACCGACAAGGCUGCUUUGAAUACCCGAAUCCAAUACGCGUAUCGUCAGGCAGUGAUGCAUAUGCGCUUUUAUUGCGAAAUGUGGUAUUUGGCCGCCCACCAUCUUCGAAAAAUGGAAAAAACUGAGGAGGCUCUCCUUACGCUACAUUCCGGCUUGACUGCUAACUCCACCAGCAUGGUCUUGACCUACGCCAUUGUUGAAAUUCAAGAGACUCUAAAAAAUUACUCAGUAUGCACAGAGGCAUUCAAAGCUUUGAUUGAUCAUUAUCAUUCAGAGAUUGAUGAAAUCAACAAGACGAUUGAAAAAGAGAUUGCGCAUGGGAUUCCUAUCAUCGAAUCUAAGACUGCCAAUGGUGUGGAUCAUGAAACGACUCAUGAAUUGACAGAAGAGGAACAACAACGGGCCAGACAGGAAGAAGAGUUACGCACGAACGUCACAUCCUUGUAUAAGCCCAAGGUUGAUGAACUACGUGAAGCUGCGGCCAGCGUUUGGAUCACUGAGAUGCGAUUUGCUCGUAGGACAGAGGGAAUCAAACCGGCACGCGCAGUGUUUACCCGAGCAAGAAAAUCUCCAUACCUCACAAGACAUGUGUUUGAGGCUUCGGCAAUGAUGGAAUACCAUUGGAAUAAAGAGGCAUCAGUUGCUACAAAAGUUUUCGAUCUAGGACUAAAGUCUUUCAGUGAGGAUGUUGAAUACGUUCUGAACUACCUCGAUUUUCUCAUCAGCCUGAAUGAUGAUAGCAAUGCACGUGCGCUAUUUGAAAAAACCAUUUCUAAGAUUUCAUCAGAGGCUGCCCGACCUCUGUGGCAUAGAUGGGCAGCAUACGAGUAUAUCUAUGGAGAUAGUACUGCUAGUCGCAAGCUGGAUGCUAGGAUAACUGAAAAUUUCCCCGACUGGAGCAUUGUUCAGAGGUUGGGAGACAAACAUAAUUACAAUGGACUUGAAGAUGUACUUGGUCGAGAGCUUGGGACAUCCGUUGAACCCAUUCCACUACGACGAUCUCCUUCACCUGUACCUCAGCAUCUACAGGGCUACGGCUUCAAGCGAGCUUCCUCUAAGGAACCUUCACAUCCGCAAUCAAUCCCAUCUGGUCCAGCAGCCCUGCUAAGAAAUAGACAACGUGAUCGAAGUUUCUCACCUGAUUUUCGUGGCAAAAGACCACGUGGACAACGGGAUUCGAUCUCACCCGAACGUAGGGCAGGUGGGAAUCAAGCGGAACAUGGUGGUGGUGGUGUACCUCAUCGAAGACCACGCGAUAGCCACGAAGGACCUAAACGAAAUCGAUACAGUAGUCCUCCUCGUGGAAGAGAAACACCCCCACACCUUGCUCCUGCAGAAAGAGAGAAUCCAUUUGCAUGGUUUCCAGAUGGAUUACGAUACUUGCUUGGGAUUUUACCGUCUGCAUCAUGCUUUGAUGGUCCUCGUUUGGAUGUGCAUACUGUCUUACAAGUUUUGGGCGAAGCUAAUAUCCCAAACACGGGAGGCAAUGGAGCCAAUGGUAAUGGUAAUGGAUCAAUGGGUGGUUCCAUCAACCCUCAUCAUCAUAAUAACAAUAACUCAAGUCGAGAAGGGUUUCAUUCGAAUGCACCUAUUGGAUGGGGACCUAAUAGAGGAGGAGGAGCCAUAGGAAACUUACAACAUACCAGAUCUAAUAGUUCCACUCGUCGAGGUCGACGUAAAUAGUAAUAAGAUGAUCUGACGAUUUUUUUUUACACAAACGAUGAAUGUGUGUUGGAGUAUCUGAAGUAUGAUUUUGAAAGAGAUUGUGUUAAAGUGUGAUUGAUCAUUCACUUUGUCUUCUUUUUAAGAUCGUAAUAAAGAUAUGACGAGAUCAUUAUUAGAUGUACAAAAAGGAGUAGUGGCCUAUACAUAUAGUCAAAAAUAGGUCUUUGAAUUUUCUUUUUUUAUCUUUGAUGGAUUUGUGAGACGGAAAAAGUAAAUAUAUACAUUUAUAUAUAAAUAUAAAGAUUUCUAUAUAUAUAUAUCCAUUUAUACUAAGAAAAAAAAAGCAAUUUAUCUU